GUCAUUUGUCACUUUUGUCAGUUGUCGGUCAGUGAAUUUUCAAUUUUGCUUGUAAUCAUCAGCGAAUUAGAAGUUUUGAAUAAUUUUUUAUAAUACAGUACAAAAAUGAGUUUAGCAGAGAUCUGUGGAAUGCAAGAUUUAGAUUCAUUUAGGACGAACUUCUGUCCCAACGAGUUGGAUAGAAUGUGCACCAAUUUCGAAAAUAAUCUGAAUCUGGAAAUGCCUCCUUUUGCAAAUCCAGCAGCAAAGGUAUCACAAUUAACGAGAGAUGAAAGCGGUCGAGAAAUAAAAAUGGCUUUUGAUCAUGGUACCACAACUCUGGGUUUCAUGUAUAAAGGUGGUGUUGUUCUUGCUGUAGACUCCAGAGCUACAGGCGGACAAUUUAUUGGGUCGCAAACCAUGAAAAAAAUUGUGGAAAUCAAUGAUUUCUUAUUGGGAACAUUGGCUGGAGGUGCGGCAGACUGUGUUUAUUGGGACCGUGUACUGGCCAAACAAUGUAGAAUGUAUGAAUUAAGGAACAGGGAGCGUAUUUCUGUAGCAGCUGCUUCCAAAUUGAUGGCAAACAUGGUAUACAAUUACAAGGGAAUGGGACUGUCAAUGGGAAUGAUGUUAGCAGGAUGGGAUAAAAGAGGUCCACACCUGUACUAUGUAGACUCCGAGGGUACCAGAACACCUGGAAAAGUCUUUAGUGUGGGUUCAGGUUCAAUUUAUGCAUUUGGUGUCUUGGAUUCCGGAUACAAAUGGGAUUUGACGGAUGAGGAGGCUUACGAUUUGGGUCGCAGGGCGAUUUACCAUGCCACACACAGAGAUGCCUACUCUGGAGGUAUCGUGAGGGUUUAUCACAUGAAGGAGACUGGUUGGAUACAUAUUGAUAACAAUGAUUGUAAUGAUUUACAUUAUAAGUACCAGGCUGAGAAGGAAGAUUUGGAAAAUACAAUUGCUUAACUGACAGUUUCAUUUCAAUCAAGUUGAAGGUUCAUUCGUAUUUCUUAAUAAAAAUAAGUUUUUAA